CAUAAAAAAAAAUGUGUAAAACAAUUUGUAAAACAAAGAUGGAGUGUGCGGUAUCAACGUGUAAGAAAAGAAUAAAGAUAAAGUAACCUGGUUGAUCCAUUGACCUAAAAACGUCUAUGGUUUUUGCAUCCUCUCCCGUGCAAAUGUAUCCAAAAACGGGUUUAAAUAGAAAAUGGUUUCGACCAGGGGUGUAAAAUUGAAAUUUUUAGAAGGAGAACGCGUUUUAUGUUACGAACCCGACCCCACUAAGGCGAAGGUGCUUUACGAUUCAAAAGUUUUAGAGGUUUUCGUUAAUAAAGAUCAUCGAGGACGGAAAGUUACGGAGUUUUUAAUUCAUUUCCAGGGUUGGAAUUCUUCUUGGGAUAGGUGUGUUGGGGAAGAGUUUGUGUUAAAAGAUACCCCGGAAAAUCGGCAAUUACAGAAAGAUUUAGCGGAAAAAUCUCAAUUGCAUUUAGGGGCUUAUUUGUAUCGUAAAGAACGUAAAAAGCGCAAGAUUAGCGAUAAAGCGAACGCCUCCUCUGAAGAUGGCAGCUGUGGGAGUCCUGCUGUGAUGGAGGAGGAAGAAGGAAGGCACACCUCCAGUUCGGAGGAGUCCUCCUCCGGCGAUGAUGAAGGAGUUGUGUUAGAAUUACACCAAGAACUUAAAACACGUCUCGAACACGAUUAUUAUCUUUUACAUAGCAGAAACAAACUGCAAAGACUCCCCGCUACCCCAAAUGUAGUUACAAUUUUAGAAUCUUAUUGGAAACAAUAUGUUAGCAACCAAUUUAAUUGUUUAAAUGAAAAAACCACGAAAUAUCGAGCUUAUACUCAUUCGCCUAAAAUUACUAUCGAAGAAGUGCAACGAAAUUUAAAUUUAUGCCGUGAAGUUCUCGAUGGUAUCAGAAUUUAUUUCGAUUUUACCCUACACGAUUUAUUGUUGUAUAGAUGUGAAAAAGAUAUGGUUCAAACAUCUCAAGUAAAAUUUACGCCCUUAAAAAUGUCAAUGAAAGAUGAAAAUCAUUCAAAAACUGAUUUAAAUGAUCACGAAGAAACUAAUUCUCCGCGGAACGAAGACGAAGAACUCUUUUCAAAUGAUAAUAUAUCUUUUAGGAUGAGAACACGGCGAAAUUUACGAUCGAAUCGAUCUGGAGAUGCAACUAAUGGUAAUGGGGAGAGUUCUUCAUCAAAAGAAGCUUCACUAAAUAAUAAUAAUAAUAUGAGUGGGGAAAUGAUGAAGAUUCCAGUUUGGAAAGCUUUACCUGAACAUGUUUAUAGUCAAUGUCCUCCUCCUCCUUCAUUGGUGUUUGGGGUGGUUCAUUUAACAAGAUUAUUUGUGAAAUUACCCGAUUUAUUGAAUAAUACUUGUAUGUCGGAUCAAAAAAUGAAAGCACUCGUUGGACGUUUUGAACAUUUCCUAGAUUUUCUGAUUGACCAUAAGGAAUGGUUCGAGAAUACAGCUUAUGUUGAGGUUAAAAAACAGGAAACUGAGCCAACUUAGUGGUUGUUUAUGCCGUUUAAUUAUGAAUACAUGCAUUUUUAUUUAUUUAUUCAAAUUAGGAUAGGUUUGACUUAAACUUUUUAUUCCUUUAUUAUGAUUCAAGACUGUGUUAUUUUAGAGUUAGUGUUUUAAGGCGUAAAUAGAUCGGUAUUGCACAUUAAA